AUGCCCCAAGAGUUUGACUUCGUGAUUGUCGGCGGGUGUCUGCUCGCGUCACGUCUCGCAAAUACAAACUCCAAGACCUCAGUUGUGCUCUUGGAAGGAGGCAGCGAUAUCAAUAUGCCAGAGUACAGAAGAAUGGCAGAGCGAUCUAGCACCAUCGCCCAACCUGGCCUCGACUAUGGCUAUGUCUCGACGCCGCAGGAGCAUGCGAGAAACCGAGAGGUACCCCAGGCGCGAGGAAAGGGUUUAGGUGGUUCAAGUGCUACGAAUUUUCAAGUCUGGUCACUUGGUCCCAAAGAAGAGUUUGACGAGUGGGCUGCAGUCGUGGGUGAUGAUUCUUGGGGGUUUGAAUCAGUGAUUGAGAGAGUAAAGAAGGUUAGGCUGUCCAAGAUAUUGUUGAUCAGUGGGUCAAGCUUGAGCGUUGCUGACAUUUGGCAGCUGGAAAACUUGCACCUUGAUGGUCUUUCUGCCGAUUGGGAGGAUUAUGUCAAGCCUGAUCCCAAAAAUCAUGGGGUUUCCGGCCCAGUUGAUGUCUUAAUUGGCCAUGUAGAAAAGGAAACCAAGUUUUUCAUUGACGCUGGGUUCGACAUGGGGUAA